CUCCGCUCGCGCAGCCAAACGUGCGUGUGCGUCCGUGAGUGAGUGAGUGUGUCUACAGGACGUUAUUGUGAUCCACACACAGGUGUUGCGUGUCCUCGUGCGGAUGGUGACGCUGCGGAGCUCGCGCGCUUCAACAACAACUUGAUGCUCCUUGGUGUUUCUCCCGCAGGCCCGCGUGCGUGUGUGCGUGUUUUGUAAGGACACCGACCGAGCACGCGGAUUUCUCUCCGUCUCUGGAUUUUCCGGGAUUUACUCUCGCGUGUUGUCUCCGGUGGACGUGACCGGAGCGCGGGAGCUACCGGGGCUUUGUGUUCUCCAUCAUGACGGAGUGACCGGAUCCAGCUGUGCCGGCGACGCACGAGCCACCGCCGGGUCGAACCCAGAGAAUCCUCCGUGACGCCCGCUCCCGCCCGGACGUCCACCCCGCUCCUCGCGGAACCCGGUUUCUCCGUGAAGCCGCGGCACCCUGAUGGUGCGGACCGGCGGCUCGCGGUGGUUCGAGCCGCGGAUGGCACGCGCCGCCCGGUGAUCGUGGCGGUGGACCCGGGAGAUGCUCCUCCACUCGGGGCUGAUUCUUCAGUGGGACGGUUCGCGUGACCAUGACGUCCAGCCGCGCUUUGCCCCGUGCCGUGCUCACCGCAACCCGAGAGAGAAGCACGCGCCCCCGGUUCGAUGCGCACGAGAGGACGUCGUUCCCCGUUAACCGCUGAGCUAACUCACACCCGGGAGGGAGGGAGACCACACACCGACACUACCGACAGACACGAGAGCCACACCGGGGACGAGCGGCGGCGGGCAUGGAGCUGUCCGAGGUCCGGUGCUCCAGCGCCAGCGAGGAGCUGUACACCGUCAACCGGACACCGAGCAGCGGCAGCGGCGGCAGCGCGCGACCCAAGCGGCUGCUGUGGCAGAACGCGGUGCGGCACAUCACCGAGCAGCGGUUCAUCCACGAGCAGGGCGGCGCGGGGGUGAAGGAAGGCGGGGCGGACGAGCCCUACGACCCGGGCCAGGACGCGCGGAAGCAGUCGGCGGGGCGCACGUCGGUGGGGGACCGGCACAACAACGGCGGCACCAAAGUGUUCCCGGAGCGCGCGAGCAGCGACCUCGGCUUCCUGCAGAUCGACUGCGCGCCGAGCAACUCCGACUUCUUCCUGAACUGGGGCUACACGUACCGGGGCGUCAUCUUCCCCACGCUGCGCAACGCGUUCAAGUCCCGCGACCUGGAGCGGCUCUACCAGCGCUACUUCCUGGGCCAGCGGCGCAAGUCCGUGGUGGUGAUGAACCUCCUGGACGUGGUGACGAAGCUCACGCUGCUGGUGCUGCACCUCACCCUGGCCUCGGCCCGCAUGGACCCCAUCAAGGGCACGCUGCUGGGCUUCUUCACGGGCAUCGAGGUGGUGAUUUGUGCCUUAGUGGUGGUGCGGAAGGACACCACGUCGCACGGCUACCUGCAGUACAGCGGCGUGGUCACCUGGGUGGCCAUGGCCACGCAGAUCCUGGCGGCCGGGCUGGGCUACGGGCUGCUGGGCGACGGGGUGGGCUACGUGCUGUUCACCCUGUUCGCCACCUACAGCAUGCUGCCGCUGCCGCUCACCUGGGCCAUCAUGGCCGGCCUGUUCACCUCGGGCCUGCACAUCCUGGUGCAGAUGCUCAUCUCCCACAAUGCACCGCUGUUCACCAACCAGGUUGCAGCCCAGGCCGUGUUGUUCAUGUGCAUGAACAUCGCCGGGAUCUUCAUCAGCUACCUGUCGGACCGGGCCCAGCGCCAGGCCUUCCUGGAGACGCGGCGCUGCAUCGAGGCCCGGCUGCGGCUGGAGACAGAGAACCAGAGACAGGAGAGACUGGUGUUAUCGGUCCUUCCACGUUUUGUAGUUUUGGAGAUGAUCAACGACAUGACCAAUGUAGAGGACGAACACCUCCAGCAUCAGUUCCACAGGAUCUACAUCCACCGCUACGAGAAUGUGAGCAUUCUUUUCGCAGAUGUCAAAGGCUUCACCAACCUCUCCACGACGCUGUCUGCUCAGGAGCUGGUCCGAAUGCUGAACGAGCUCUUUGCACGCUUCGACCGCCUCGCACAUGAGCACCACAGUCUCCGGAUAAAGAUCCUGGGAGACUGUUACUACUGUGUGUCCGGUCUGCCUGAGCCCCGACAGGACCACGCCCACUGCUGUGUGGAGAUGGGCCUGAGCAUGAUCAAGACCAUCAGAUACGUGAGGUCGCGCACGAAGCACGACAUCGACAUGCGCAUCGGGAUCCACUCGGGCUCGGUGCUGUGCGGCGUGCUGGGACUCAGGAAGUGGCAGUUUGACGUCUGGUCCUGGGACGUGGACAUCGCCAACAAGCUGGAGUCCGGAGGGAUCCCAGGACGGAUCCACAUCUCCAAAGCGGCUCUGGACUGUCUGAACGGGGACUACGAGGUGGAGGAGGGACACGGGAAGGACCGCAACGACUUCCUGCGCCGCCACAACAUCGAGACGUUCCUCAUCAAGCAGCCGGAGGAGAGCCUGCUCACGCUGCCGGAGGACAUCAUGAAGGACAACGCCAGCUCGGCCGACCGCCGGGUCAGCAGCGCCACCUUCAACGAGGCGUCCUGGAGCCCCGAGCUGCCCUUCGACAACAUCGUGGGGAAGCAGAACACUCUGGCUGCCCUCACGAGAAACUCGAUUAAUCUGCUUCCAAACCAUCUCGCACAAGCUUUGCAUGUCCACUCCGGCCCCGAGGAGAUUAACACGCGAAUAGAGAGCGCCAUCGACUCGCGGAGUGGCGAUGAGUUGAGACGAGAGCAUAUCAGGACUUUCUCACUGAUGUUUAAAGACUCCGGCCUGGAACAGAAGUACUCCCAGAUGAGGGAUGAGGUCUUCAAGUCCAACCUGGUCUGCGCCUUCAUCGUGCUCAUCUUCAUCACCACCAUCCAAAGCCUACUUCCCUCUGCCAGAAUGGUGACCAUGGUGGUCCAGUUCUCCGUCCUCAUCGUGCUCCACUCCUGCCUGGUCCUGGUCACGACGGCAGAGGACUACAAGUGUCUUCCUCUGGUCCUGAGGAAAGCCUGCUGCUGGAUCAACGAGACCUACGCCGCGAGGAACGUCAUCAUCUUCGUCUCCAUCCUCAUCAACUUCCUGGCAGCCAUGAUCAAUAUACUGUGGUGUGACUUCGACAAGUCCAGCACCUUCAGGAACCAGACGUUCAACGAGUCGGCCUCCGUGCCCGACAUCUGCUUCUACCCAGAGUACUUCGUGUUCACCGGGGUCCUGGCGAUGGUGACCUGUGCCGUGUUCCUGCGGCUGAACUCGGUGCUGAAGCUGGCGGUGCUGCUGGUGAUGAUCGCCAUCUACUCGCUGCUGACGGAGGCCUUCUACACCUCGCUGUUCAUCCGCUACGACGCCCUGCACCACAACACAGAGAACUUCCUGGGAACUAAAGAGACGUCUCUGCUCCUCAUGGCCAUGUUCCUCCUGGCGGUGUUCUACCACGGGCAGCAGUUGGAGUACACGGCUCGACUGGACUUCCUGUGGCGCGUCCAGGCCAAAGAGGAGAUCAACGAGAUGAAGGAGCUGCGAGAGCACAACGAGAACAUGCUGAGGAACAUCCUGCCCAGCCACGUGGCGCGCCACUUCCUGGAGAAGGACCGGGACAACGAGGAGCUCUACUCUCAGUCCUACGACGCCGUGGGGGUGAUGUUCGCCUCCAUCCCCGGCUUCGCCGACUUCUACUCGCAGACCGAGAUGAACAACCAGGGAGUCGAGUGCCUGAGGCUGCUCAACGAGAUCAUCGCCGACUUUGACGAGCUGCUGGGCGAGGACCGGUUCCAGGACAUCGAGAAGAUCAAGACGAUCGGCAGCACCUACAUGGUCGUGUCCGGUCUGUCGCCUGAAAAGCAGCAAUGUGAAGACAAAUGGGGGCACUUGUGUGCGUUGGCAGACUUUGCCAUCGCCCUCAACGAGAGCAUCCAGGAGAUCAACAAGCACUCCUUCAACAACUUUGAGCUGAGGAUCGGUAUGGCUCACGGCUCGGUGGUGGCCGGUGUGAUCGGGGCCAAGAAGCCUCAGUACGACAUCUGGGGGAAGACGGUGAACCUGUCCAGCCGGAUGGACAGCACGGGCGUGAGCGGCAAGAUCCAGGUGCCGGAGGAGACCUGCACCAUCCUCAAGGAGCGGGGCUUCGCCUGUGAGUACCGGGGAGAGAUCUACGUGAAGGGCAUCAGCGAGCAGGAGGGCAAGAUCCGGACGCACUACCUGACGGGCCGGGUGCAGCCCAACCCGCUCAUCAUGCAGCCGCGCAAAAUCACCGGCCAGUACUCGCUGGCGGCCGUGGUGCUCGGCCUGGUGCAGUCUCUCAACCGGCAGAAGCAGAAGCAGAUCCUCAACGAGAACAACAACUCGGGCAUCUUGAAGGGCCACCACCACUACAACCGCAGGACGCUGUUAGCGCCCGGCUGCUCCGAGGCGGGGGCGGGGCAUCACGCCGAGGUGGCUGAUAAGACUGAGCUGUCCUGAAGAGCCGACUGGAGCUUUGGUUCCAUGCAGGUUUCUCUGAGGCAGAGAUGCUCUUCAGGCAAAGAUAAUCCCAGUGGUUGAGUGAGGACCUCAGUGGGUGCAGCUAAUGAACACUGGUUUUCUGACGCAGUAAUGUUAGCACACGUCCACGAUAGAGCAGCUGGUGAAAGUUCUUCAGGAGUCGUAAGUUUGUCACAACCUGGUUCCAGAUUCUCAACUAACAACCGACCAAUCAGAGCGCUGUAGGCUUUGUUAUUAAGACGUGAUCGAACCAGAGCUAGAAGCCACAGAAGGUUCAGAGGUCUGGACCAGCUCAGUUCAUCUCCCCUCACAGUGACUCAACGGGACGACCACCUGUUGGAGCACGAUGGAAUCCAUUACUAGGUUUGUGCAAAACCUUUGAAGCUUUCCAAACCUAAUGAUGGUUCUCCAGAGAAAGACCCCCCCGCUCUGCAGGUGUGAAUAGGGUCGAUCACACACUGCAGAAAGGUCUGAGUCCAACAGGCCUCACUCGUAGUUAUACAUGAGCUGGAUCCCUUUGGUUCCACGUGUGACAUCUCAAAUUUAAAAAAGAGGAAAUCACCUCAUGCUGCAACUUGCAUCUUGUAGAUUUGGUGAAUUCGGCCGCUCGGUGUCAAACGAGACGAGAAGAGUUCAAGAUCUUAAAAACCUCUUUUGAACAAGAGUUGUACAAAUAUGCAAAUACGCAGACGAGCAGGUCCCGGGUUGAAAGGUACUUUAUGUUGAUUUGUCCUCGAGCAGCACGAUGGGACAAUGUUUGUUUGUGUGGGUCUUCGUUGUUUGUCCCUGUGAUUUCCUCCCAGUUUCAUGAAGCUCCACAGAUCUGCAGAAACACCAGAGAACCCAGCAGUGCACCAGCACACACAGGGAACCAGUUUCUAUGGAUGUAAACAAUGCAGGUUACAAACUCAACACCAACUGGUCUAAUGCAGUCAGCGAGUUCAUUAGAUCUCAAGGACACACACCAUGAAUGUAAACAAAGUGUUCACAGGAAGCCUGCCCAGGCGCCUGUAGGAGGCUGAUUAGAACCUGAGCUGGUUUCUCUGAGCCAGUGAGCUUCUCUCUCCACGUUAUGCACAUCAGGGAGGAGGGAAUGCACUGGUUCCAUUCCUCCAGGUUUCCCAGUUAGCCUGACAUCUUCCACUGAGGUGUAACUCAACCAAAGUGAUUAUUCCAGUCUCCUGAAUCAACUCUGCUUCUGAUGAAUGUUUGUAGAACUGAAACUCCACUUUGUUCCUGAAGGAGGAGCUGGCGUGGAGGAGCGAGGGCGGGACGGGAUCACACGCCCUCACCUGUUCGAUGUUCGAUUCCCUCAGACUGUCUGACGUUCCUCCGCUCGUUUCCACUUCCUGUUUUUACGUCGACUGGCCACUGGCCCGUCCCCGUCCAGACCCAGAGACCCGUUCCCACUCGAACCCCCGCCCGGUGUUGAUGUUUCUUUUUUGUAUUUCUUUUAUAUAUGACAACACAAUAAAAAGGGGUCUAAUUUUGUAUA